AUGCGUGUUCUUUAUUAUACUCUCAUUUGCCUUUUUGGCACUGCACUGGCGAUUCCAAUCCACGGCCAGGGAAAUCAGGCCCGCGCUCCUGGAUCAGCAAAAAGCACUGGUCUUCUUGGCGAUCUAGCAACUGACACUCAUGAUGUGGUGGCAGGCGUGGGGGAAACGUUAUUGCGAAGAGGAGAUACGGACACUCAAGCCAGCGGUAGCGAUGGAUCAGCAGAAGACCCGGGUCUUAUCAGCGAUGUAGCGAAUGGAGCUAAUGCUCUGGUGUCAGACUUGUGA